AUGAAGAAAAUAUUUAAAACCCGGAAAGGUAAAAAGGCAGAAGACAUGAAUACGGAAUAUGUUUUAAUGAAAGGUAGGGACAAAUCAUACUUUUAAAACAUUUAUUUCCUUUGCUUUUGGAGUUUCAAGACCUCAGCUUGUAGAUAAAAAAGAGAAAUUCCCAAAGAAGCACACACCAGCUGUCCCAAGGCUUGAGCAAAUAAAACUGGUCAGCAUCCAAUUUGUCAAACUUAACUUUUAAACUGUUUUUUUUUUGUUAUUUGUAAGAUCGGAUAAAUGCCAAAAUUUAAAGUGAUGCAAAGAUAGAGUCUUGGUCCAAACUUCUUAUUUAAAUACACGUAGAUGUCUAUUCUACUUAUUUUAUCGUUCUUUUUUGACUCAUGUUAAGCCGAGUUUUGGGGAGAAAGUAGCGAGGUGUAAAGUUUCUUGUGCUUGGUUUUCUUGUUUGCUUGGUUUUCUUGUUAACUGAGAAUUCAUCUUCUUCUAACACGCCUUGGGAGGUUUGAUCUGUUCUUAAUUUGUUGUUCGCCGGCAAUACAAAUGUUGGUCAUCGUAGAUAGUUUGGUCACUUGGAAUCUAGUGUUUGUGUUAAUUGUAUCGGAAAGUCAAGGUGUGAAGUAUGAAAGAGGCCAUAACCGUGCGUUAGCAAAAUAAAGACGAUUUAAAGCAAAAUAAAGACGAUCUAUGAAACGCUCACGCUCACGAAAUGCUCACCGCUCACGCUCACGUAAUUCAUUCGUGCUUUAACUUCGCGCGUUAAGCCGUUGCAUCUGCCUCUUGGGAUUAUUUCUUGUUUUUACGCUCGAAAACAUCCAAAAAAUCUAGCGAGAAAAUGCUAUUAUUUGUUUAUGUCCGAAAAGCAGCAAUAAGAUGCGUAUUAUUUAUAGAACCGGUCCCACUUCCUGUGUCCAUUUAUAGAAACGAAGAGGUAAGUUACCGAGCAGAAUGUUGAACUUAAAAUUUUAAACUUUAAACCUUUUACCCUGCAUUUUUAUCCACAAGUAACAGAAAAAAACCGGUAUUUUUAAUCCCCAAACAUAAAGGAAUUAUGAAGUCCAAUUACAUCUAAGUGAAAUUUCUCUCUUUCUUUCUUUCUUUUUAAGUGUUAAUUGCCCUUGCUUUCUUUAUAAUCAUUUAUUAAAAUUCUCCUUAUGUCGUGUGCCAGCGCCGUGCACUAUAACCGCACCUUUGUCCAUAAUAAAUGAAGUGAAACUCUUAACGUUUUGUAACCCAUUGGGUCCCAUUAUUAUUCACUCAAAAUAUUUCGCCAUUUCUGACUGAGUCUAAUCUCUCGGCUUAUUUUUCGAGGUUGCGUAGUACCAAGACUCAUAAUCUACAAGCCAUUUAUUUUCUUCAUAUUUAGGACAUAAAGGGGAGCAGGUCAUACCCGAAUCAAGGCCCUUGUUUUUCGUGGCGUGUACUAAAACCGGAAACAACGAAACGAAAUCACCGAAACGAAACGGCCGAAACAAGCGAAAUGACCAAAACGACUGAAACAAGUGUAACGGCCGAAAAGACGAACAAAACCACGGACGUGAUCAAACAAGCGAAAGUCGGAAUAUCGAGGAAUUGUCCAUGUCUCUUGAUAGACCACAGGCAGCCCAAGCUCGAAAUAUCAGCAUUGGCGAACAUCGACAUUGUUGCAUAACAUUCGAAAUAUAAGGAUUUGUAUGGAAAAAAAACCUAUAGUUUCCGUAACCUACCAAAAUGAAAGGAUUUCAAUAAAAAACAGUUAACGGUUUUCUCAGCUAUUUCAAGGUUUACAAGGUUUACUGUACAACCCAUAAAACGGCCAUAAAUCGGCCCAUGGACCACCCAGGAGAGAUGUAACACACAUUUUAUGUAAGGGAAGUUGUUUUUUAUUGAAAUCCUUUCAUUUUCGUGGGUUACGGAAACGAUAGGUUUUUUUCACAUAUAAAUCCUUAUAUUUCGAAAUCAAUGUUACGCAACAAUGCCGAUGUUCGCCAAUGCUCAUAUUUCGAGCUUGGGCUAUCUCUAGAUAGACCUGCCAAGAGCCCGAAACUCAGGCUACUGUUAAAUAGAUUCGAUAUUGCAGAUUCACUCUGUUGUGUUAAUUCAUAGAUUUUCGCAGUUGUUAAGAUGUGAAGUCGCGUUACAUUUAUAAAUACUUGAGUUAUCAAUUAAUGAUUUUUAACCUUUAACUACUAGAAGCAACUUCAACUACUCGUCUGACGUUACAUAUGUGUAACGAAUGUGUUUAUAAAGGUAGCUUUUUACUUCAGUGUCAGCCACUCUACUUGCAGCACUUCAUCGGCCAAUGGAAACUACAAGUCUGAAAAUUGAACUAGUCUAUUUUUUGGGAAAUGUGUAUUUAUUUUUCAUACUGACGUCUUCAUUGAUGUUUCCUUAGUGUCGUAGAGUUGCAAGGUCUCUGCCUCCCAGGCAAACGUUCUUAGUGCUUUCGCACGCGUUCAUUCCUCACGAAGGAACGAGUGUCGUAGCCCUAAAACGUCUCUGCUUCCCACGCAGACGUUCUUAGUGCUUCCGCAAGCAUUCAUUUUCCACGAAGGAAGGAGUGUAGACGCUCUAAACGUCUGUGUGGGAGGAUAGCAAUAGAGCAAUAGGCUAGCAAUAUACGACCGUUUUGAUGGUACAUUGUGCUGUAAGCUCUUUAUUCAGAGUGAUCUCAAAAGAAUGAUUUUACGGCUACUCGAAGACAAACCCGAAUUUUCGACUAAAACUGAACGGAAGAAACACAAGAAUACACACAAAAAAAAUAUUGAAGUCACCUACUUUUUGAGGAGAAUAUCUGCAGGAAAUGAAAAAGGCUGGCUCGGAGGCUUUUAACAUCCUCCUCGAUCUGCAUUAUUCUUCACAAGAUUCUCAGCCUCAUUCAAUAAAUGUUCGAAAAAUCUUACAAUAUUAUCCGAGGUCAUCUCCCUACAUUACCUAAAAGAUCGUUUUAAAUAUCUUUUCUGUCUGUCGUUGUUGUGUGUUCACUUAUUAGCAAUGUUUUAAUCUUUUUGCAUUGGGUACCAUUAACAUUUUUACCAUCCACAUUCGACAUAUUAGUAAGGUCAGUCGAUGACCAUUGCAUGAGGCGGACAAGGAUCAGGAUGCAUUGUUCUGUCACAACAUUUACUGGGCCGCUCAAACCAUUCACUGCAGUCAUCUUCUGUUCUGAUUACUAGAAUCUUGGAGUUUUGUUAAAUCUGCUCGAUGACUAACAAAGCUUAACUGGCCGCUGGAAGGCUGCUAACUCAUUAGAGGCCUCAAUUAGACAACAGAGUUGAUGCUAAAUUAUACCUGCUUUUCUCCUUACGUUAUGAUACCUCGUCUAAAUGUAAAAAUCUGUUCCGCACAGCACCUUUUUCAGCAGGAAUCCUGGCUAAUUUCCUUUCCACAGGGAUUUGUCUACCGCCCCGAUGAAAAUAGUUCAAGAUGAGAUAACAGUUCACUGUUUGAAUUGUUGAUGAUCUUUAAAGUUAGCCUGUUACAGAUGUAGCCAAUUUUGCCAAAUGGGCGUUUUGGGCGAUGCCGAGAACUUUACUGUUUUCCAGUCCCAUCAAACGAGGUCUAAAUUGAUCUGGUAGACGGUCCCUGAAUGUUACUUCUUUUGAGUCCUUGGGAAUACUGAUAUUGUGAUUGAGCUACAUUUCUACCUUUUUGUCCUAAUUUUUGUUUCCGUUUUUAAAUUUCCAGCUGACCAACUAAAGAGGCAUAAAAAGGUUUUUACUGGAUGGAUAAACCUACAGCUUGCAAAAGUAAGAAUAAGGCUAAUUUCACGAACAUACCCACUAUAAUUUGGUUAAUUUUCCACUUUUUAGUGCUUUGAGCUUAUCAUCGUCAUUGUAAUUAUAACCAUCAUGAUCUUCGGUUGUCGUCGUCGUUAUUGUUGUUGUUAUCAUCAUUAUCAUUAUCAAAUGGAACGAGCUAGCAAUUUUUAUUUAUUUAGAACUCAGUAAAGUGGUCUCUAAUGAAAUGAAAAAAAUUUGAUCGCUUAAGUUUGACUGAUCUGAAAUCUUGCCUUUACAGUUUAUAUUUGAUGAAUUAUUGUACAUUUUUAUUCUUGAAUUUUUUAAAAUAAACUGGGCCCGUGGAUUACUUGUUAACCAGCUAAUCAAGCUAGCGUAAACGCCACGUUAAAUAAAGUGUUAUCAUAUCUUACUUUACCUUAACUCGACUCGUGCAUAUUUUAUUAAUUAACCCAGUUCUGGGGCAUUGUUGUUCUUGCUGUUUCCAACAGGCGAAGCCUCCAGCUAAAGUUACUAAUCUGACUAAAGACUUAAGAGAUGGGCAAAUACUUCUUACUCUUAUGGAAGUACUCUUUGGAGUUAAAGUCAGCAGAGCUGAACCAACGUCCAAACGGAUCAACCAGAUAAAAAACGUCGAAGAGGCCAUGAGUAUUCUUCUGCAAAACAAUACAUGUAAACCAGUCUCAGAUAUAGUAACUACAAAAGGCUACAGAAAGGCAACUACCCUGGUAAGAGGAGAAUGUUGCUGCAAUUCGUUGCAUCCAUUUUGGAAUCAAUGGUGAUCCAUGCAAUCUGAUUGGCUUUUAGUAGUGUAAUUUACUCUCGAAUCAUGCUAUUUUUUGCUCUAAAUCACAUUUUCUUCUAAACCGCACAAUUCAUGUUCAAAAUCGAAUCAUUGUCUUUCAAAAUCGCAUCAUUUUUGUUCUCAAUCGCAUCAUUUUUGCUCUAAAUCGCAUCAUUUCUGUUUUGAAUGAUAAGUGAGAUGUAAACUAAGCGUUCCCGAUUCCACUUCUCAACGAACCGGCUACUAGAUUAAUAAAAUAUUGGUACCGCUCAAUUUUGCGCUCUUAAAUUGGUUAUAAUAAGCGUGAUUUUAAACCGAAUUCGCGCUGUGCACCAACCACUCGUAUGAUUUCACACCAAAUUGCACUCUGCUCAGUUACAGCAAGUCAUCAAAUACUCACGUGGCUUAAUUAUUGCGUUCGCAGAACGCCAUCCUAAAUUUGUACCCAGAAAAAAAUCGAGUUUUUCGCGAAGGACUUCCAAAUAGACUGGCCUCUUGAAAGAACGUAGUCGUCCUGGGUACGAACGAUAUAAUACACACGACCUAUUUUUCGGCCAAUACGAGAUGACUGUUGGUCCACGUGACUUGAUCAGUAACACACAAAGGAAACUUUCAGAGUGUUUCUUGAUCUGUUUGCCUUUUAAGCUCGAUUCAAGGUUUCCCUGAUGCUAGCGAAGGAGAGAAAAUCAAGUUUUAACGCGAACAUAGGUGAAUUCUGUUCUGUUAUUUUUGCCUUUUACUUGGAUAUGUUUCGAAUCCAAGCAUAUGCGAUUAUAAAGUGCAAAUUUUUGGUGUACACGGCGUACAAGAAAUGUCCUUUCGACUUUCGACUUUCUUUUAGUUAUUUUAACAAAUAAAGUUUCAUGAAUUGAAGUGUGGAUCUUUCAACUUUGAGUCACAUAAAACCCGCAUGCAGCGUUCAGGUUAAAUAAUUAUUGCUCGAGCCUUUCCCGGUAGUACUGUACUUUAUUUUUUUUUUUUAAGUAAUGAUUUAGAAAGUUAUAAAAAGGAAGCUUAUAUCCAUCCGAUUGAUUUCAUUAGAGAGUUUAAGCAAAGUCAAACAAAUUCAAGCAACUUUUAACGAGCAAAACAUUACUCUGCUGGUGCAUAAUGCACGCUUUUCUGUCGGAUUUUUUUCCGUCGCUGCAUGACUAAAAAUCUUCUUAUAUUUUAUUACUACAAAUGAAAUUAUCAGAUUACCGCCAGUAUAUCUACAUCCUGCAGCUGAAGAAACAACAAAAUGUGCAUGUAUCGUUUGUUUUUUUAACAUUAUGUAAAUCAUACUCUUCAAUAGAAGCCUGUAAAAAUCACCCCCAUUGAAUAGAUGGCCUUGUCUUCUCUUCUCCCAGGGGAUUUCAUGUUAGCAUUUGGUCAAUUUAGUACCAUAUUGACCCAAGCUCUACUUCAACUUAAUAAACCUUUUUCACAUGACGCUUGGCCAGGCCUGUGGGAGUUAGCCUCUUUUCUUGCGUAAUCGCUUUCUUUUGGUCUACUAUUCAAGAAGCUUUAUAGUUGUUAACUAUUCUUAUUAGUAGAGUACGCAUGUACUGAGCUGAAAUUUUGUGUUAUUUUUAGAUCAAACCAUUUGGUGUAAACCCAAGUGAGAUCACAGCCGGUGAUGAAAAAGCUAUUUUAUCUUUGCUCUGGCAAAUCAUCCGCUGGUGUCAGGUAUAAAGUUACUUGAAUUUGUAUCUUUAAAAAUAGCUUUACUGUCUAACAACUCUUUUCUUGGCCUCCAAAUUGCCUCCCAAGUCUGAGUACCUCUCUGACCGGUCUUGUUUACUUCGCUUCAUGUAAGGGAACCCAGAUUCCAGAAUCAGGGAAAUUUUUGCUUGUGGAAUCCGGAAUACUGGGCUUUGCAAUCCGGAACACAUCUCAAGGAUUCUGGAAUAUCACUAAUUAUAGGAAUCCAGAAUACAAGUUCCUCUGACAAAGACUGGAAUUCAGUACCUUGAAUCUGGAACCUACGGCAUAGAAUCAAGAAUUCAAGACUGUAUUGGUUUCCUUUACAUGAGGAUCCCUACUGAUAAAGACCGCUUCAAUCUUUAUCGGCUGUUCUUUAAUUACCUAAUCUUUUCUAUCAAGAUAACAGAGGUGAUAAAACCAGACCCCAUGGAUUAUGAUGAAGACAAGAAGUUGAUAACUUGGUGUCAGGAACGUAUCAAGGGGUGUGUACAGUGCUUCUAUAUCGCUGUAACUGUCCUAGUCAUUUGAAGUAUAUGUAUGUAUGUAUAGGUAGAGUAUGGUCGAUCAGGUGAGGGUUGUACUGAAUAGGACUGUAGUCGACAGUGACUGACGUUUUGACAACCUGUACGGUAGUCAUCUUCAGAGUCAAAGUGAGUUGUAUCACGUUCAUUGAUGGUAUUAAACUCUGGUUGUUGACCUGAUUGGUCAAUUAAGUCACAAUUUUAUUGGUCGUCUGUCAGUUAAGCUGUGAUGUUAUUAGCUAUGAAAACUCUAUUAAAAUGUCAUAGUGGUGCGUUUCGAUCCGUCUAUUGUCACAGUUUAACGGUCGUUUAACUAAUGCACGAGUUAAGUUAGCCUGUACACAGACGUUGUUAUAUUUUUCUUUUUGUUCUUUACCCCUUGGGCUGCCAGUCAAUAAAUCCCCCGCGGUUUUUAUUUUUUAUCACUCGCGCUCGACGGACUUAGAAGAGAAAAUAAAGGGUCUGUGAACAGGCUACUCUUAAGUAAAGCUGUUUUAGUAUGGCUGUGCUACAUUGUUACAUGAACUAUUUGGAGAUAUACAUUAAAUUCUUCAGCCGUAUGUUAUGAAGCACAAUCCACACUAGUUAACAUCAACGUAAUUUACCGAUCAAGGUAGUGACGUAGGUUCUUUAAUUUAGGAUAAGUUUUUCUAUGAUCAAUAACAGAAACAGCAAUGUGCACAUCAGUAACCUGACCACCGACUGGAAGGAUGGUUUGGCAUUCAACAUUCUUCUUCAUUCCUUCAAGUAAGUCAACACUGAAAAAGCUCUUGAUCUCCCUACCACCUUAUCUCCAGUCAUCAUCUAACACCAGCGAGGAAGCCGGAACGACCAAUAGCUGAUUUUAAUUUUUUUUUCACAUGACAUCAGAAUUCCUUUUUAGGUCAUCCUUGUCAUAAAAGCUUUGGCCCCUUUAGAGGAAUAAUCCGCAGCUGAGGCUGUCGAAAUUAUUUCCAAUCUAAGAAGUGAGACACAGGUGUGCGUAACAAAAUCAAUGGUUAUUCAUUCAAAAUAAUUUCCAUUUCUCAAUUGCCUCAAUCCCUCGGCUGAUUCUUCGUAACCUGUAAUAUACGGUAAAGUGACGUCAAUAGUGCUAAUAUCGUCCGAAAAGGAAAUGUCAAGCGAGAAGCCCUGGGGACGAAGUUGUUAGCUCACACGAAUUGUGUCCUAAGUGUCCAAAUGAAAUCCAGUUUCACCAUUUUGCACGACGCUAGUCUUACAACUUGAAAGACUCCCUACCGAACACACAACUGGUAAUUAUUGUUUUAUAACUCGCACGAGGUUUACUACUUGAAUCUAAUUUUAAUAGCUGAACAUGUAGUGAAUAUUGGACAGGUCUGGACACGACUGCCUCAAUCACAUAACGGUGCGCAGUUCCUGUCAUAGUUCUAGACUGGUAAAGGAGCUCUAGUUCUCUUGCUCAAAAAGGGUUUUUCCUUUUUCUACCACAAAGGUUAGCGGUACUAGUAGAAUUUUACGAGUGAAGGUGCGUUAUUUUGUUUGUUUGUUCUAUUUUUCCCAGUCCUUCUCUGUUUGAUCUUGAUACGAUCAGUUCAAAGGACGAAAUGAGUCGUCGUGCUCAUGCGAUAAACCUGGCGACUACUGAAUAUGGCGUGCCGGCUAUUUUCGACCCUGAAGGUAAGAUUGGCAAUUGAGGCAUCUUUAGUUAAAUUCCUGUUAUAAGAAGGGUUUUUCCAUUUAUAAUUUAUUAAGCUUUUCCACUAAAACAUAUGCACCGAAGCAAUUUUAAUUAAUUGAUCUUCAGGGGCCGUUUUACAUAAUGUAUUUUUUGGAUUUUUCUUCGUCGAGCAUUUCAAAGUUUUGAUGAGAAGAAGGUUCUUCAAGUUUUUAAAUAGUCAGUACACAAAUACCAAUUUUACUUAAAGAACCCUUGCAAAUUGUAUAUAUUACGUUUGUUCUUAUUUCUUUGUGCAGAUUUUGACAAGGAUACUGCCGAUAAGAAUCUUAUUACGUUGUUCCUGUCAUAUUUGUAUCAAUUUGCGGCCAAAGGGAGCUCUGUUACGAUCGUGGAAAAGGAAGAAAUAAGUCCUUUCGAAACAUCACUGAUGACGGAGGUAACGCUAAUCCGCUUCAUUUAAAUUUCAGUGGGUAUUUAAAAAUAUUCGUAUCAAACCCAGGUCCAGUCUGUUAGUUAUUGUAUAUGUUCCUUUAAAUAACUUUUACUGAUUUUCUUAAUCAAGCAAAUCGGAAAACUUUGAGUAUAAGUCAAGCCCUGCAUUGACGCUGUACACGCUAAAAGUCCCGCGUCAAAAUUGUUAUCUGGAUCAAACUACGACAGUGUAGUUAGGUGCAGUUACUACCGUGGCAUUUCGAACUUGUAUCUUUUAUUUAUUUAUUUAUUUUUUUAAUUAAGUUAAAUAACAAAGCAAAUUCACAACUACUUUUCUUCUUUCCAUGGUCAAUAUCUAAUUGUGAUUACUCUUGGGCCAGGAAUAUGGUUUCAAGACAAUCACGACACACCAUGAAACGUCGCGUUUAGUCAACACUACAGUUGACUUUAAAACAAUCACACAAGCUGGAGAAAAGGAUCAAGACGAUGUAUUUCACGACUUUAAACUAGGCAAAGAAUCUGGACAAAAAACACUGCUCUAUACUUCGGCUUUCCCUCAAGGCGUAAGUGUUGAGCAGGUAAGAUAAGUGAAGCACGUUACUUAAGAUUUUGUGGCCGAACGAAACACAAACGUAAUUGAGUGAAAGCUAUAUACCCAGCUUAGUUGUCUAUAAACCGCCAUUGGAGCUUUUUAGCUGGCGCGUUCUAAAGAUUCUCUUUAGCAAGAUUGUGACAUGUGACCCACACACUUGUUAAAAAAAAAAAGAAGAAAAAGAAAAAAAAAAUGGAUCGCUCGAAUUACAUCCUGCUGUUUAUCAAGUGCCAAAAGGGAUCACGAGCUCAUGUACAACUUAUAUCCCUCUAGAGCAAAUCUAGAGCACCCAGGUAAAUCUGUCAUCGGGUUGGGGCGUCAUCGCUCUUCUUACAAGAACUUGUUUUCCCUCCUUUUCUCUUUCUCUUAUUCUUUAUAUACGCCCAUUUUUUUCUACUAGUGGAAACACUCAGAUAGAGUGCAACUUCUUUUAAUUCUCUAGCUGCGAGCAAAACUAACAAAAAGAGUAAUGGCCAACCCAAUUAAGAAUGCAGAAGUAAAAGCUUAUUGUUAUGCUGUUGGAUCCGGUGCUUUCCAUUCAUUUCAAAUAAAGCAUCAUCCUGUACUUUUUUUAAUUUGCCUAUACACUUGCAAACGCGUUCGUACACUUUCACGUUGCUGAUACUUUUUAAAAGACAGUCACUUCAUUUCUUUAAUAUUUUCAGAGAAGACCUUUUGUUGUGUCUCCAUUUCCAAGACAGUCAGGAGGCUCCUCCAGAGCUUCGAGCGGUGCAUCCAGCCCUAUAUCCAAAGAUUCAGACCCCAAGGUACACUGCAGUGAAAAAUUUUGCUUGACAGAAUUACUUCAGUGCACGUGGGCUCUGAGCGAGUGGAAGUGCGCUUUGAGCAAGUAAAGUUGUCGUAACUCUUUUUUACUUUUCCUUCCCGCCUCGAUUAGCUACAGGCUAUUUUGGGGGCAAGGAUCAAUUAUGGCAUGUAUUCAAUGCAUUUAAUAAACUUGAACUUGAACUCUUUGCUACUCGUCUGCCGCAGUUAAUGUUACUCUUAUUUAUUGGUAGUUUAUAGAUUUUUUUGAAAGACAUCGGCAUUUGAGCAUUACUUCGUUUUUGUCAGUUAUAACAGAGAUAAACUUUUUUGCGGCCUACUUUUCUUCUAGGAACUGGAAUUGGAAAUUCACAAGUUAGCACGACCCCUUGAUACUUUAGGAGAGGGAAGUUAUAGUUACACUGUUACACAAACCAGGCGAAUUGUGACAAAUGGAAGUGAAAGGAGUUCUUCAACAACUACAUACAAGGUAUCUAUCUUUCGCUUUCAUGACCAAUUUAUUCAAAAGUGGUUUUACUUUCAAUUAUGUAUCCUUAAUUACGCAUAUCAAAAAUAUUUUAAGACAUCAUAACGCUUAAAAAUUCCUGACCCAUGUUCCCUAUUUCAUUUCUUUAACCAAUUUUAUACCACCUCUUCCUAUAUAGGACCUAUAAGGUCUUAUAAAAACGUUUCUUUUACCUGACAAUACGUAGAUAUUUAAGUCCAAAGAUAUUACCACAUGUAUCAGCGACUCUGAGACCCCUUAUACAGUAAAAACCUGCGUAUAAGAAUCUACUGGCUUAAGAACCUGCUGCCAAAAAUAUUGUUAUUAUAUUAUAUUGUUUCUUUAUCCGUGUUGUCUAAAGUAUUAAGCUUAGAUUAAUUGUCAUACCCUCAUAUUUGGAAUAUAGAGAAAGAGAAAGACAGAGAAAACGAGAAACUACGCGACAGGCUAGCGAAACUCAACAAGAAAAAUGGCGACAUGAAGCUAGAGCAAGCGAUAAAAAAAACAAAGUAGACGAAUUUCGUAGGAGGGGCAACAUUUACAUUUUGUAGCGGCGGUGAGAAAAUAAGAAAUGCUAGCAGCCAACAAGGUGAAAAAAGAGCAGCACUGGAAAUAAAGCAAAAAGGAAUACAAGCAACAAAAUUUUUUUGUGAGCACAUACAACAAUUUUUCCAUAAAACGUGUAAUGAGGAAGUUUCACGAUGCAACAACAACGAAAAAGAAAUGUAAAGUUGUUUUUUUUUGCUAAUCAGAUUUAUUGUUUCUUUGGCCGUUCUCGUUGCCGUCGCCGUUUAGUAUUACACGAUUUUAUUUUUUGAGUAAAUUAUUAGUAUAUUAACGAGAGCAUCGCUUUUAUCCCCGGUUAAAUGUGUAUAUUAGAAAUUAAGAACCUGCAGGGGCUAAAUUGCCAAUAACUAAAACAAAAUACAAGAACUAUUUUGCUAGUUCUUCCACGCGGGUUUUUACUGUAGAUCUUCGGCCUAAUGUGUUUUUCCUGGAGAAGUUAGAGUUUUAUGUAAUCAAGAAGCGAUUAUGCUUUAUCAUUUCUAAGACUCAAUCUGAACUAAUGCAGCCGCUUUUCUCAACUCAUAGUUGCAACAAUGCUAACAAGCCCUCUCUUCUUAUCUACAGACACUGCAAUCCUCAGCCGCAGAUUCAAUUACAGUCAUGAAAGUAACGAACACUGACAAAGGUACCGACAUACUGAGUGGAAGAGGAAGUAAAACAGAUGCCAAGGUCACAGAACGUAGCGUGAAAGAUACAGAGAUAACUAACAAUAGAACGGACCAGUUUCCUGACGUUUUUUCAUGGGAGAAAGAAACAGAAGGAAGCAUUAGGACCACUGUUCAAGCAAGCAGAGAAACAAUGGACAAGAAAAUAAAUGAAAAGGAAAAGGAGAACGUGGGAAAAACAAUUAACGUACGUAUGAACUGUUGUAGAGAUGUACAAUCCCCGUUUAUGUCAUCUAAACAAAUUCUCCAGUCUUCCCCAAAAUCUCACCUCUUUUUUGUAUUUGUGAGGAAGAAAAAUGGUCUGUCUUCUAUUUUUAACUCCAGAGACAUUGAUAGUGAAGAGAAAAAGAAAAGUCAAAAAUUGAAAUUUGUAACCAUGAUGUCUCUACAACGAUGUGAAGUCUAUUUCAGUGUUUGUUCGAUCUUUCACGGGUUAAUCUGCAUGCUAAUGUCAGAGAGUUGGUUGAGCGCGCACUAAAGAAAUAAUGGGAGAUAUGCUGUUAUCAUCCGUUAGGGUGGGUUUCUACUGCCGCGUAAUUUUUACGUGCGUAAAUAAGAUGGAGGCAAUGUAUGGAAGGUCUCGCGUACUCGGGAAAAUUGAACCUCCCUCAACUUUACUUUUACGCGCGGCCUUUCAUACAUUGCUUUUAUUUUAUGUACGCGCGUAAAUAAAAUAGAGACGAUGUAUGGAAGGUCACGCGUAAAAGUAAAAGUUGACGCUCACUCAACUUUCCCCGUUUACGCUUGGCAUACAUUGCCUCUAUUUCAUUUACGCUCGUAUAUUUUAUUUGCUUUCGAACGGAAAAUUACGCCACAAUGGAAAUCAACCCUUGGAAAAAACGUUCGGCCUAUCAGAACUCGCAAGCGAGCAGGAUUUCGUGAAAUAGUUGAUAACGCUAUUGAGACAAUGGAUAAUUAUGAUUUUAAGCGUAUUGAAUGUCAGAGUACGUCUUUCUUUAAAUAAAAUUAAAAGAGAAAAAUAUGCUCUUCUUGGCUCGUGAUAAGAUUACCGUAGCUACAUAUACCACCAGAUUGUUCAAAAUGCGAUUGUGAUAACGAUGAGAAAUUUCAACUUCCAGGAGCCCGAAAAAAAGGUUCCAAACUUAACAUUGUCCACUACGGACACAGGAGAAGGGAGUUAUGCCUAUUCUGUAACCCAAACAAGUAAAAUCAUCACAAGCUCAGGAGAAGGGGUUCAUUCUACAACAUCUAACAAG